AUGUCAUUCCUCUCAAGAAUAUGGAACACAGUCAAAAAUCCAGCCGUUAGGUUUGUUGGAAGAGACCUUGAAGGAAAUCGGUUCUACGAGUCGCGGUCGCUAAUAGACCCAAACCGUCCAAGAAGAACCAUCGAGUACCAUGACCCGGAGAAUUCGUGGCAGUACAUUGGCGGAGGGAAGAGGCUACCAAUUCAAUGGUCUGCUUGGCUCACACAUACGCGGCGGAACCCACCUACCAUCCAGGAGCUCCAAGUAGACUCAACACGCAUGCAACGACUCGCGGAGAACGUGGCGCGGAUAGAGGCCCGGGAUCGAGCUGAGGCGGAAGAGAUGCGUCGGAUACGACAGGAAGAUGCGAAGAGGGCGUUGGAGGACGCGGCGAGGCAGGGCGAGAGAAGGUUAGGGGAGCCUACGCAGCAGCCGGAGGUCGUAGAGUCGACUUCGCGAACGUUGGCGAGCGAACCUACAACACAGGCAAGCCAACAGGCGCAGCCGCAGGGAGCUUCGCAAGCAGCACAAAGUCAGCAAAUUAUACCAAUACCACCAUCUGCGGAAGGCAAGCCAAAAGUACGACCUCCGACGUUCCUCACACCUGCAGCGCCGCGGAAGCCAAAGACGAAGAAACUAUUCUCACUGCCAACACUCGACGAGCCCGAACCUGCGGCUACUGUUUCAGAAACGAAACACCCGGCACAAGUGAAGGCGAAGGAAGAACCUCAGGUUGCGCCUCCACAGAAACCUGUAGACCCAUGGGCUGCAGUGUCCUCGUUGACAACAUCGGAGACGGAGAGUUGGGCACCGAAGGCGCGGCGGAGGGGCUGA